CGCAGGCGCAGCGCGGGGCGGGGCGCGCGGGCCGGGCCGAGGGGAGCGCCGGGCAGGCGGCGGCGCCAGAGCGAGUGGAGCGCUCGGGGGUCCCGGGCGGCGGCGGCGGCGGCGUAGAGGAGGAAGGCGGAGGCGGUCCCGGCGGCGCCCCCCCGGCCGGCGCGCGGCCCGGCCCGGCCCGCGCCCCCGCGGCGGCCCCGCCACCCAUCGCGCCCCCGCUCCCGGGCUCCUCCUCCUCCGCCGCCGCCAUGGCCCGGCCGCUGGUACCCAGCUCACAGAAGGCGCUGUUGCUCGAGCUCAAGGGGCUGCAGGAGGAGCCGGUGGAGGGCUUCCGGGUGACCCUGGUGGACGAGGGCGACCUGUACAACUGGGAGGUGGCCAUUUUCGGCCCCCCCAACACCUACUACGAGGGCGGCUACUUUAAGGCACGCCUCAAGUUUCCCAUCGACUACCCUUACUCCCCACCAGCCUUUCGGUUCCUGACCAAGAUGUGGCACCCCAACAUCUAUGAGACAGGGGACGUGUGCAUCUCCAUUCUCCACCCCCCAGUCGAUGACCCCCAGAGCGGUGAGCUGCCCUCGGAGCGGUGGAACCCCACCCAAAAUGUCAGGACCAUCCUCCUGAGCGUUAUCUCCCUCCUCAACGAACCCAACACCUUUUCCCCGGCUAACGUGGAUGCCUCUGUGAUGUACAGGAAGUGGAAAGAGAGCAAAGGCAAGGACCGGGAGUACACAGACAUCAUCCGACUCCCUGUGGGCCAGCUCACAUGUGCCCACGUGGGUAGCUGUGAUGGCUGCUUUCUGCCUGUUUGUUCACCCCAUCUGCAUUCCCACAUGUUCUUUCAGCAUGACCAGGCAGAGCCCCUGGUGGGCUUAGAGGUUGUAGCAUCUGUGGAUUGGUCCUGCGAGGUUCCAGUUUCACAUGAGCAUUUCCCUAACCUCGCCUCCUGCCUCGUGAGCAGUGCAGUGCUGAGUCCGCACUUUCCUGGGAAGCAGGUCUUGGGGACCAAGGUAGACGCGGAGCGGGAUGGUGUAAAGGUGCCCACCACACUGGCUGAGUACUGCGUGAAGACCAAGGCCCCGGCGCCCGAUGAGGGCUCAGACCUCUUCUACGAUGACUAUUAUGAGGACGCCGAGGCCGAAGCUGACAGCUGCUUUGGGGACGAUGAGGAUGACUCUGGCAACGAGGAGUCCUGACACCAUGUCCCACGCCGAAUAAACUUACAGAUUUUACCUCACCAGGCCCAGACUCUGUGGGCUCUCGGGCACCUCCUGACGCCGAGACUACCUCAGGGAGGUGGCUCCGCUCUUGCCUUGUCUCCUUGGUCUCGCUUUCCUUUCCCCAUGUUUGUUCUGGGUUUUCCUCUGCUUCAGAGAGGAGGGGCCCCAUUAGUGCUGGGCACCUGGUGGGCCUCAGGGCAAAGGUGGCCUGAGGGGCCCGGACUCCAGCCCUGUCUACUGCCCCACUGGCUGGAGCCAGAGACUUGGGGCUCCCAGCUCAUGAGUGGACAGAUUAACUUGCCGUCACUUCUUCUCUCGGCUUUGGUUUGUUUGGAAUCUAAAUAAAACAACUUUAUGAGAAGCCCAGAGACCAACCUUUCCUUGGGCUCCCCAGGACUACAGGGUACAGUGGCCGGGCCUGAUGCCUGCAGCACCUAAGUGUGUGGAGCCCGGGGGCAGGCCUAGCACCUGGGGUGCACUCCUGAGGCUGAGGAUGUGGGCCCAAGGUCCUGAGCCGUAGGCUGAAAACAACCUGCAACCUCCAGCCCUCAGGUGGCUCCACCCUACUGCCUGCAGAUGCUACACCCAGUGUCACCCAAGCCUCUGACUUUAUUUCUGUGUAACUGAAAAGCCUGGAGCAAGCUGGAUUCAGGGUCCGAUGGUGACAUCCGAACAAAGGCCCGAGUGAGCCCUGGCCUGACUGGUUACUGUGGCUGGAGCCUGUGUGGCCCCCGUGCAGGUGGCGGACAGGGGCACCCAGGGCCCUGGCCGACCCCGCAGAGCCUACGCACCUGGUCUGCUUCCUGCUCCACGAUGCACCACAGCCCCAGAGCCACACGGCUUUUAUAGUUGGCCCUCAAUUUUGUUUGUUAACAUGAAUGAUUUUCCUACAUUAAAAUGUGCAAAGUUUCA